AUGCGGGUUGCCUACGUGAACCAACGAUAUGCCAUAAAAUGUGUGCUCGCCAUUUCGAUUGUUCUCUUUGUUGUCUACGUUAAAUUCACGCCACGUUUCGUUUAUCGGGUUCCAGUCUCCAAAUUGACCCAUAAUCCGGAAGAGGAGCGGGUCGUUGAAAGCGCAAAAAAGGGUGAGGUCGAGAAAUUAGAGGCAUUAGAGCCAGAAAUUGAGCAAGUUCGGGUUGUGGACAAGGAGAAUGUCGAAAAAACGAAGUUUACAACUGUGAGGACAUUGCAAAAGCUUCACGGAUUCACCAACAGGACUGCAGGGCAUAUUAAGGUGGGUUUGGAAGAGAUUGAGCGAUUUUUUCGAGGAAAUUUGCGAUAUUUUUUUUGUCAUGGAUAACAUAGCGAAGCGACCGAUAAAUCUUCAAAUUUUUUGUGAAAAAAUUGGUAGAACAAUCCUAAAAUUAUAGAAUAUGAACUGCUAAAAAUAUUGAAAAUUUUGAUGAGAUUUUCGGACAUGUUUCAUCGUAUAAAGUGGAAGCUCGGGCGCAGCUUGCCAAUUAGAAUUUCUUGAUUUUCUCGAAAAAAUCUCGAUUUUGAUAGCCGAAUUGCUCCUCUAUGAUCAUAAUGAUGUAAAAUUUCGUAUACACUCUUAUUUUUUCGUUAAAAAAUACAUUAUUUUAGACCUCCGACCUCUUCGCCGCCAUCCCCCCGGAACAUGAUCAACCUGCGGGCAAGAGCGGCGAAUCCCCCAUCCAAUUCGCGUACAAACCCACCUCAAACAAGCAACACAUCGACAUCUUUGUCAUACCUCACUCCCACAACGAUCCCGGCUGGCUUCAGACCUUCGAAGAGUAUUAUCAGGAGAGUGUUCGGGGCAUCCUGAACAACAUGUUGGAUUUCCUCGGGAAAUGGCGGGACAUGCGGUUUGUUGAGGCCGAGAUCUCGUUCUUCGAGCUGUGGUGGAGUGAGCAGACCGACGAGGACAAGGAGAGCUUGAGGAAGUGGGUUUUUUGAAGGGGCAUUAUAUUAUACAUGGCAAUUUUUGACAACUCUGGAAAAGUUCAAAAAAUUUGGAUGUUUUGUAAAAUACGAGCCUGGUACUCUGUUUUGUUUUAUAUUUGAUUAUUUUUUUUCAUGAUUUUGCCUUUUAGGAUUGUGAAAAAUGGUCAACUCGAAUUUGUUGGAGGUGCUUGGGUAAUGACCGAUGAAGCCAAUGCCCACUAUUUCAAUACCAUUAUGGAGAUGUUUGAGGGUCAUGAGUUCCUCAGUAAUAACUUUGGUGAGCCUUUUUCGUUUUUUUUUGCAAUUUUAGGAGCUAUAUUUCUGGUCAUGUGCAAUAUAAAUUUUAUGGAGAGUUUGAUGAAAUAUUGCGUCAUGAGGACGCAAGUGGUUGUUAAAUUUCAUUUUUGAAGAAACAAUGGGCGUUUACCUCCUCAACUUUGAAAAAAAAUAUUGGUUUAGGUAUCUAAUACAUAGUGUAAUAUAAUUUACUAUAAAUUUUUGCUAGUUAUUUCUUUUCUAUUGGAAUUUGUCCAUUUCCAGAUGGAUAUCAGCCAAAAACGCAAUGGUCAAUCGAUCCGUUUGGCUUGUCCACCACCAUUCCGCACUUGAUGCAGCUCUCCGGCAUCAAACAAGGUGUAUUCAAUCGGAUUCAUCACACCAUAAAGAAUGCUAUGGCCGAUCAAAGGACUUUUGAGUUCAUUUGGAGGCAACCGUUUGCCGUUAAUUCUAGUAAAAACGACUUUCUAUGCCAUAUAAUGCCUUAUUUGUACUUUGCUGAUUAUCAAUGUCCGGAUCGAAAAGUUUGCUCCAGAUUCGACUUCUACAAUCGAUUGUGAGUUUUUAUUUUGUUUGUUUGGCUUUUAGGGUUGAUGGCAUCUAUUUGGAACGGAAUUGAGGGCAGAAUCGAGGACAAAUUUUAUAUUGUUUUAGUGCUUACCUUGCACUUGACAAAAGGCGCUGAAAAAAUAAUUUUUCCUUCAAUUUUUUUGAUGUUUUUAUGCCAAAACGUCGAAAAUACCACGGUUUUCACUGACUCAAUUUUCACUCUCGAUUUUGUUCCAAAAGUCUCCAAAAAAUCGAGUUUUUCAGCGAGCUGAUCACCUCUGUGAACGUAAAAGAAGAUGCCGCCGAUUUCCUCGAACAAGCCCGACUGAAGUCUCAAUUUUAUCGAACGGACACUGUCUUGUUUCUACAAGGCCAUGACUUUGAUUUUACCACUGCGGGUCAGUGGGAAAGAACCUAUUUUAGUUUUAAAACAAUGGCCGAUUACAUCAAUAACAACAAGGAUUUAAAUGCAACGGUAAGAAGAAUGGACAGAUUUAGCAUCUUAGCGUCGAUUUAAAGGUGAUGGGGUGAUUUAGGAUGGGCAGUGAAAUUUUUUAAGGGAUUUUUGUCAUUUUUUUAUACCUAAAAUGAUAUAUGGAUGUCUAAAGUAAUGUAGUAUUUUUUAUUAAUGUUAUGGUUAUUGUUUCGAUUGUUUAUUUUGGAGUAUUUGGUAAAUUUAUUUUUUAUUUUCAGCUCCACAUCGCCACUCCUUCAGAAUAUUUUGAGGUAAUGACCAAAAAAUUGACCACCGAAGAAUACCCUCCAAUUCCGUCAAUGUCCGGCGAUUUCUUCCCCUAUUCGGAGUCCACGCAUCAUUACUGGACUGGCUAUUUUACUUCCCGCCCAUUUUAUAAACAUAUGGAUAGAGAAUUGGCACAUUAUAUUAGGUAAUAUCAAGUGUAAUAUAAUGCCAUAAGAUAUUUGAUUAUAGCUCAAAUUGUUUUUUUAUAGUUCUUUGGAAUGUAAAUUAGUCUCCUAGUUGGCUCUGAGGACUUUAGCAGCUUUAAAAAUUUUAGUUUUACCUUGUUUUAGGUCAGCCGACAUCUUGUUUUCCCUCGCCAAUUGGAAAUACACCAAAGAAUCGGAGAAGAACAAGUUCUCCACUGCGAUUUACGAUCUCCUGGUGGAAGCCAGAAGAUAUCAUGGCCUGUUUCAACAUCAUGAUGCUAUUACUGGAACUGCCAGAGCUGCUGUUGUUCAAGAUUACGGUCAAAAGUAUGUUCAUUUUCUAUAUUAUUUUCUGUUUUUAGACUUGAAAAAGCACUGUUCGAUUGCAAGACAGUGAUUGAGGAGAGUUUGCAUUAUCUGACGGAGUCGAAUGGACAAAAACCGAAGCUGGUGAGUCAAGUUUUGCUGCGAGGGAAAGACUUGACCCAAAUUGGAGGGGAAUGAUAAAAAAAAUGAUUAGGGGAGGAUAGGUUACCCACCGGAUAGGUUACCCCAAAAAACACAUAACUCGGAGGAUAGGUUACCCCACCGGAUAGGUUACCCCACGGAUAGGUUACCCCACCGGAUAGGUUACUCCACGGAUAGGUUACCCCUUACCAAAAAAAGAAAAAAAUUUUUAUGAAAUGUUUUCGCUUCGGGAGUUUAAUAAGAAGGAUUUUUUGUGAAAAUUGAAUAAAAUUUGAGAUGUUUUCGCUUCGGGACUUGGAAAAAAAGGAUUUUUUGUGAAAUUUGAAUAAAAUUUGAAAGGUUUUCGCUUCGGGAGUUGGAAAAAAAGGAUGAAAUUUUUUCGAGCUGACUGAGUAUGAACUGACUGAAUAUGAAAACUGGGUUUCUGUUACUUUACUACUUUUAGGCAUUCUUUUUGAAAUUUUUUCGACUUAUAACACUUUUAGACGUUAAUGGUGUUGUUUUGGUGCCUAGUACUGCUUAAAAAACACAUUUUUAACACUUGGUACUAAAUAGUACUACCUGGUAUUAUUUAUUUUACUGCUCCAAUCAAGACUUCUUGAUUUUUACUAAAUAGUACUACCUGGUACUAUUUAGUACGAGGUGCAAAUUUGGCCGUAAGGCGGUAAUGGCGUUGGUUUGGUGCUUAGUAGAACCCAAAAACACGUUUUAACACUUGGUACUAUAUAGUACCAACUGGUACUGUUUUGUGAGAAGUGAAAAUUUGGCCGUAAGGCAGUAAUGGUGAUGGUUUGGUGCUUAGCAGAGCCCAAAAACACGUGGUACUAUAUAGUACCAGGUGGUACCAUUGGUUUUAGACAAAAUUUUAGUGCUGGCGGCACCACAGUUAAUAUUCAGUCAGACACCCUUUUUUCUACUUUCGAUGCAAAAAGAUUUCAAAAUUUUGUUGAAUUUUCUAAAAAAUUGUUUUUUUUUCCCAGUCCCGAAGCGAAAACAUUUCAAAUUCUUUUCAAUUUUCACAAAAAAUCCUUUUUUUCCAAGUCCCGAAGCGAAAACAUUUCAAAAUUUUUUUUAAAUUUCACAAAAAAUCCUUUUUUUCCAAGUCCCGAAGCGAAAACAUUUAAAAAAAAAAAUUUCAGGUAACCUAUCCUCGGGGUAACCUAUCCUCCGAGGUAACCUAUCCGUGGGGUAACCUAUCCUCCGAGGUUACCUAUCCGAAACUUGGGGUAACCUAUCCGGUGGGGUAACCUAUCCGCUGGGGUAACCUAUUUGUUAGGGGUAACCUAUCCUCCGAGAACGAAAAAAAAUGAGUAGGGAGUUAUGGCGCAUGGUUAGUUAUCAGGUGUGGUAAAAUGGUGAUUGAUUUUUUUCUAUUUGGAUCAAAGCUUUCGGGAGAAACAGUUGACUCAGAUUCGGGGAAAGACUUGACCCAUUGCUGAUUUCAAGUUCUUGACGAAAAGUUUCAGUUUUGAUUUGGUGACAAGAGUAUUUUAGACCGAAAUACCCUCAAAUAACAAGACAUUGAUCAGAGAAGUAUACUCAUCUCCAUCAACUUUACUUGUUUUCAAUUCCCUGCCAAGAACAAUAUCAAGAAUCGUUUGUAUUCUUCUGGAAAAUGAUGAACUGACUGUGCAAAAUAGUAAAAACGAAGAUGUCGCUCAACAAAUUCAUCCGAACAUUGAGAUUGACGGGAAUGGAAAGUUGGCUGUCAAUAAAAUUGAGGUGAUUUUUUUGCUUUUAUUGAAUUUAUUUUUUAUUCUUAGUUUAAUAGAAAAAUUUCUGGAUUGAAUUUAAAUUUCAUAAGAUGGGUUUUGUUUUCAGCUCUGCUUCAAAACAGCACCAAUUCCACCAUUGGGCACCAUAACUUAUAAGUUGAUCAAGAAGGAUAACAAAAAGAGCAAAGCCAGUGUGGCGGUGUCGAAUGAAGAGGAUAAACUGUAAGUUUAGUGGAUAAAUGGUCCGUCCGGGAAGUCGCUGGGAUGAUUUUUGGCGUUUGCACUGUGCGAAAAGAGACAGCCCAAAAAAGCGAAGUGAGAUUUUGUUUUUGCACUGUGCGUGUCGCCGAACUGAUUUUUUGCGUUUGCACUGUGCGAAAAAAUUUAGGGUGCGAGCGACAGCCCAAAAAAGCCUAUUGCACGGUGCAAAAAGCUAGAAAUUGCACGGAACUGGGACGAUUGGGGAAAAAGACGAUUGGGGAAAGGGACGAUUGGGGAAAAAGACGACUGGGGAAAAGUACGAUUGGGGAAACCGAAAAGUAUUAUUUUUCUUCGAUGCAAAUGUCGAAAUUAGGAUAAUCGAGGGUGCUCAUUUCGAAAAUGACAUUCUUUUUUUUGAUUCUUACUUUUUUUCUUAAGUAGUACUGUUAAGUACUAAUUUUUUAAAAAUUUUCGAAAAAUACUGGAUUUAGGGGAUUUCGAAGGUGCUGGUUUCGAAAAUCAUGUUCAUUUUUCCUCUAGUAGUAAAUAGUACUAUUCUGAUACUAUAUAGUACGAGGUCAAAAUAUGGCUUUUGACGUUAAUGGUGUUGUUUUGAUGCUUAGUACUCUUCAAAAACACGUUUUAAAGACUUGGUGCUAUAUAGUACUACCUGAUACUAUGUAGUACGAGGUGUAAAGUUGGCCUUUAGGCGUUCGUGGUGUUGUUCUGGUGCUUAGUACGCCUAUUUUUACUUCGUACUACAUAGUAUCAGACAGUACUAUAUAGCACCAAGUCUUUAAAACGUGUUUUUGAAGAGUACUAAGCAUCAAAACAACACCAUUAACGUCAAAAGCCAUAUUUUCACUUCGUACUAUAUAGUAUCAGAAUAGUAAUAUGUAGUACUAGAGGAAAAAUUUACAUGAUUUUCGAAAUCAGCACCCUCGAAAACCCCUAAAUCGAGUAUUUAUGAAAAAAAAUUAAAAAUUACUACUUUACAGUACUACUUAAGGAAAAAAGUAAGAAUCAAAAAAAUGAAUGUCAUUUUCGAAAUGAGCAUCCUCGAUUAUCCUAACUUCGACAUUUGCAUGGAAGAAAAAUAAUACUUUUUGGUUUCCCCAAUCGUACUUUUCCCCAAUCGUCUUUUUCCCCAAUCGUCUUUUUCCCCAAUCGUCCAACUCCGAAAUUGCACAGUGCGAAGGAGAUUUUUUUGAACUUUUGUUUUUGCACAGUGCGUGUCGCUAAAACCUUCUGCGACAUUUUGUUUGAUUUUUUUGCACUGUGCAAAAAUUUUUUAUUUUUCGAAAAGGUACAAAAAUUUUGUACCUCUAAUGAUUGAGGUUUUUCAGGUUGUUCUCCACAUUCCCCUCGGUGAAUUAUACCGGAAAUGAUGUGUUGUCCAACGGAAAAUUGAAGGUAAAAUACGAUCAGAAGAGUGGGUUCUUACAAUCCAUCGAAUCAGAGGGGAAAACAACGGAUCUCCGGUUGAGUUUUGUCCAUUAUUCAUGUAAGUUUUCGGCUAAAUGACAAAAAAAUUUCUGACGAUUUUUAUCCCAUGAAAAAAUUUUUUAUUUUUUUCAAAAUAUUUACUGAAAAUUUAUUUUCAGCCCGGUUAAAUCCAGAGCCGCGCAGUGGCGCCUAUGUUUUCCAACCCGCCAAUCAGUCGAGACAUCUGGACAUCAAAGAAAAUCGAGUCGUAAUUGUCAAAGGCCCAGUGUUCACGGAACUGGUUGUCACGGGACCCUCAAAUAUCAAGUUGCUCCACAAAAUUCGCUUGGAAAAUAAUAGUGAAGACAUUCAAAUCCACAACGAAUUGGAUAUCCGUGACGAACAUGAGUUUGAAAUCGCGAUGAGAAUUGAGUCAGAGGACUUGAACAAAAAGGACGAGCAGUUCUUCACGGACUCGAAUGGCUUCCAGAAUUUGAGGUGAGGCUUUUGAAAGUUUGAUUUUUGGGUUUUUAGAGGCGAAAUCACCUGACGGUAAGAGAAUCGGACAGACGAAAAAUUUUUUCCUUGGCCGUGUCUUCACGUAUUUUUGUCGGAAAAUGAUUUUUUUGGAGAUGUGUUAUGCUCCUCGUCUGUCACAAAUGAGAAAACAAGUUCUAUUUUUUCGGAACGUCGUCAAUUGGGGGAAAAAUGGACGAUUGGGGAGACUGGAAAUUUAUUAUUUUUCUUCGAUGUAAAUGUGGAAAUCAGGAUAAUUGAGGGUGCUGAUUUCAAAAAUGACAUUCAUUAUUUUUUUGUUCGUUACCGUUUUGCUCAAGUAGUACUGUAAAAUAGUAAUUUUUUGAACUUUCUUCGCAAAUACUUUAUUUACGGGUUUUCAAUGGUGCUGAUUUGAAAAGAGAAAAAAUUAAAAAGAUUUGCAGAAUCAGCACUACCGAAAACCUCUAAAUCAAGUAUUUGUGAAAAAAGUUCAAACAAUUAUUACUUUACAGUACGACUUGAGCGAAAUAGUAACGAUCAAAAAAAAUGAAUGUCAUUUUCGAAAUCAGCGCCACACGUCAGAAUGAAAAUAGAAGAAAACCGAAAUUUCGUGGGGGGCCGCACCGAAAAGCAACGACCCACGUCAAUCCAGCGCAUUUCCUGAACCGUUUCGAAACUUCGUAUCGUUUUCAAUGAUUUAAAAGAGAGACGAAAUGUCGCGAAAUUAUCGGCACUUUUUCUCGGCCGAAAUAAUUGUUUUUUUUCGAAAAGGAAGAAGAAAGAUAAGAAAAUGGGUUUUAUCGGAUAGUGACAUUUCGUUUGAACGAAUCACCAAAAAGGGGCGGGAAAUUUUUUCUUCUAUUUUGGAUUGACGUGCGACCGAUUUUUUCUCCUUUCUCUGACCGCUCUCUUCCUUUUUGUGCGUGCGCUCUCUUCCUCUCGCCAAUCGCAAAUCGUUAUUUCGCGGAUCGCCACGGCUUUGACGAAAUUCCCUUUUUAUUUUGACGUGCGCCAUUGAUUACCCUAAUUUCGACACUUACAUCGAAGAAAAAUAAUACUUUUCAGUUUCACCAAUCGUCCUUUUCCCCAAUUGACGUUCUGAAAAAACAGAAAUUGUUUUCUUUUUUGUGACAGACGAGGAGCAUAACAUACCUCCAAAAAAUACAUUUUCCAACAAAAAUGCGUGAUGAAAAGCGUUUUUCGUCUGGCCGACUCUCUUAUCGUUAGGUGAUUUCGCCUCUAAAAACCUAAAAAUCAAAGUUUCAAAAGGGAAUUCCUUUCAAAAGCCAAUAUUGGCUCCAAGUCAAUCCAAAAUACGAGAAAAAAAUAAAAAAAAUCCCGCCCCUUUUUUGGUGAUUCGUUCAAAACGAAAUGUCACUAUCCGAUAAAAGGCAUUUUCUUUUGUUUCUUCUUUCUUUUCGAGAAAAAGCAAUUAUUUCGGGCGAGAAAAAGUGUCGAUAAUCUCGCGGCAUUUCGUCUCUCUUUUUAAAAUUUUUUUUAUUUUUUUUUUAAGUCAAUGAAAACCUGUAAGACCUUGAAGAACGAAGUUUUGAAACGGCCUUUUCCAGACGGUAUCGCCUCUCCAAUCUCCCGCUACCCGCUCAGUAUUACCCAUUCACCACCUCGGCAUACCUAGAAACCCGGGAGGUUCGCCUCAACGCACUCACCAAACAGCCCCUGGGGAUCGCGUCCCUAAAACAAGGACAAUUGGAGAUCAUGCUGGAGCGGAGAAUGAGUUCGGACGACGGAAAAGGCAUGGAACAGGGCGUGGAGGACAAUAAAAAGACUGAAAGUGAUUUUGUUUUCUCACUAGAGCGACGGAAUGGCCUGAAUAACGAUGAAUUUGGCCGGUUGUCGGCGAGAACUCAACAUUCAAGUCAGAAGCUGCUGUAUCCCCCCGUGGUUGGCGCUAUAACUGGCGAAGAGGCGGUCAAAAUUGUGGAUGUAAGACCCUUGAAGAACGACUUACCAUGCGAUCUUCAUUUGGUGGCGUUGAGAUCGCUAAGUGAGGCUACAAAAUAUGUAACGAAAAAGUCAAGUGUUCAACGAAAAACAAGUCCAAAAGCUAAAGCGGCACUGAUUUUACAUCGGUUCUUUAAUGAGAAAGAGGAUGAGUAUUGCAAAGGAGCAGAAAAUUUAACGGUGAGUGGUUUAGAGACAAAAAAAUUUUUUUGAUUUUUUAAAUUUUUUUAGGUGAAAUUGGACGAAAUAUUUGCAAAUACAAUAGCCAAUUCAAUGGAAACUUCGUUGACGGGUCUGCAGCAGCUGCAAGAGAACGCAAAACACUUGAAUUUCCAAAAAAUGGACAUCAAAACUGUUGUUAUCGGGUAUUAA